AUGCAAAGUGGACAUCAGUUGCGCAAUUUAUUGGUCACAAUCCUUUGUGAUUGUAGUCCCUCUGAUCCUGCUGCAUUAUGGUUGCAGUUUCAGACACAGAUCUGUGAUGACCUUCAUUGGGCUCUUCAACAAAAAAACAUACGCCAAAAUCCAACAGAAGAAGAUGUCUUUGACUAUGGCCUAUACUGUAGCAUUUCGUUCAAUUCGACAGGGUCCGUGACGCGUGACAGGCCUGUCGAAAUUUUGGUUUUGACAACCACACAAAUUUGCUGUGACAAGCCGAAAAUUUGGGCAAUUUUUCGACCACUCAGCGCCGCAGGCCACGAAAAUUUUUGA